AUGCCUCCGUCCACGCCGCGGCUGCGCGUUCUCUCAGUUGGCGGCAACGCGGUCUCUGCCUUUCUUUCCUGGCGCCUAUCAGCAACACAGGCGUGCGAUGUCACACUCGUGUGGAAGAAUGGCUUCGAGCAGGUCCACCAAUACGGCAUCUCCUUUCGAUCCGACAAGUUUGGCAAUGAAAGGUUCAAGCCGCGACAUGUGGUGAGAUCUCCUGAAGAGGCUGCCGGCGCCUCGCGAGCUUCCUUCGACUACGUUGUCCUCUGCGUCAAGGCCCUUCCCGAUGUCUACGAUCUGGCCUCGGUCAUCGAGUCCGUUGUCACACCACAGCACACCUGCAUCCUCGUCAACACCACACAUACCAUCGGCAUCGAGUCGUAUCUCGAGCAAAGAUUUCCUACAAACGUGGUGUUAUCCCUGGUGUCGGGCGUACAAAUCACACAGCUUGGACCGAGCGAGUUUGAGCACAAGGGAUCCACGGAUUUGUGGGUGGGCGCGGCAAACAAGAAUCCGGCGAUUCCGGUAUCAAUACAGAAUGACAUGGCCGAGGCGCUUUCAAUGACACUCCGAUCUGGCCAAGUGGACUGCGAUGUGACGAGCAAUGUUCGACAACAGCAGUAUGAAAGAAUGAUAGGACCUAUUGCGUUCUAUCCCUCCAGUGUACUAUUCGAGACGCCGGUCCACGCGGAGCUCUUGGAAAAGGUCGGAGUUCGUGCUUUGAUCACCGCCGUCAUGGACGAGAUUAUCAGCAUUGCAAAAGCACAAGGAUGCGAAUUUCCGUCCGACUUCCGGGAACAGACCAUGGAGAAGAUGAUUCUGCCCUCAGAAUCUAAUAAUAUUAUGUAUCAGGACUUCAUGGCGAGAAGGCCCAUGGAAGUGGAGACAUACUUGGGAUCACCCAUCAAGCUGGCACAGGAGAUGGGCUUGCAAGUCCCUCGGAUCGAGACACUUUACACCAUUCUUCACAACUUGAACAUUGCCAACCAGAGCCGACCUCGGCCAACGGCGGAGGCUUCACCAGUCGCACAGCCGACACCAAGAAUGUCCUCCCUCCCAGCGAACGACGGCGCUCGCGGACCACCGCCAAUGAAUGGCCACAUGAACGGACAGCCACAGAUGCGCAACGGCAUGCGAGGAGGUAUGCGUGCACCAUCUUCAGCCGGCGGACCACCUCCACCUGGCAUGCGACGUGGACCACCAUCGAUGAGCAACUUUCCUCCACGCAUGAAUGGCAAUGGAUACGGCCCACCUCGUGGACACCCGCAGCAGAUGGCACGCCGCCCUUCGUUCGAAAACAACGACCUCGAGGAGUUCAGCCAUCUCAUGCUGUACGACAACCUGCCGGAAGGAGAGAAUGGUGGGUACGACCCAGGACCAGGCUCGUCCGCCGGUGACCUAGGGAUGAGGGAACGUGAGCUUGCUCUGCGUCAGAAAGAGCUGGCUUUGCGUGAGCGCGAAUAUCACAUGCGCCGUGGUGGCGGCCCAAGACAAUCAAUGGCACCACAGUCAGUGCGAGGCGGAUACGACGACGAUGAUGAUAUGGAUGGCGAGGAAUUUUUCGAUCCCAUGGCGGCCGGGAAUGUGCCAGGCGCCGUUGCGGACAACAUUGACAUGAUGAGCGUCACAUCCCGGCGAACUAGGAAGGCGCCGAGCGCGAGUCAACUUCGAACGAAUCCAGAGAUGGGAGGUCCUCCAGGCCAGAACGUGCGUCACGGCCGCAAUCCAUUGCCGAUGAGACGACCUGGCAAUAAACAUCGAGCCAGCACCGCAUUGAUGAACGACAUGCCAGCUUUGCGGGAAGAGCUGAUGAACAAUCCGCUCAUGGGUUAUUCGUCCGAUCGCUAUGGCAAUGUCGAUCGCAUGAACAUGGGCCACGAAUCAAGAGCCAACUCACUGACCGCAGAACGGUUGAACGAGCUCGGAGGUCCACCCAAUGGGUUUCCAUCGCACAUGGCCAGGCGUGGCAGCCAGUCGCCGGGCAACCCGCUCGGCCCAGGAACGGGCAGACCGGCCGGUCCACCAAAUGGAUAUGGCGCACCAGGCCGUCCCAAUGGUCGACCAAGUCCGCCUGCGAUGAGACAACCUGUUCCGAGGCACCCACCUGGCCACGGCAAUGCAGUCGCGCCGCAGCACAUUGAGCAGCAAACUGGGGUGAGCACCCUCUACCCACCCAAAAGCGGUCCUCCCAAUCAAGUGCGCAGUCUGACAGGUUCCGCGAGUGCCAGCGCGGGGAGUGGUGAUAGCAAUCGAUCAGCACCCAUCGACUCCGAACCUUCGGCACACAGCUCCAGCAGCAGUCUCGGACCCAGACCUCCCAUCGGGGUGCGAUAG